AAACACCAAAGCAGUGGAGCUGAUUUAAAUAAUUUCAGGGGCACAACAAUCUUCCAUAAGAGGAUACACAACAAUUGAGAGGCAUUCAUAGGUGGCUGCCACCAUUGUUUAAAGAACAUCUUGGGAAUAGAAGGACAUAUAAGCAUUUUAUAACAUCUGUUCUGGAUGCAAACAUCUCUCUGACCACUAGGACCAAAAUUACAAAGGAAGGAUGGAUUUUGUCAUGAAACAAGCCUUAGGGGGGGCAACAAAGGACAUGGGGAAGAUGCUAGGUGGUGAAGAAGAAAAAGAUCCAGAUGCCCAGAAAAAGGAGGAGGAGCGACAGGAAGCUCUACGCCAGCAAGAGGAGGAGCGCAAAGCCAAGCACGCCAGGAUGGAGGCAGAACGAGAAAAAGUCAGACAACAAAUACGAGACAAGUAUGGCCUAAAGAAAAAGGAAGAAAAAGAGGCAGAAGAGAAAGCAGCAAUGGAACAACCAUGUGAGGGCAGCUUGACUCGCCCAAAGAAAGCUAUUCCAGCUGGAUGUGGUGAUGAUGAUGAGGAAGAUGAGGAAAGUAUUUUGGACACAGUACUCAAGUACCUCCCUGGGCCACUGCAGGAUAUGUUCAAAAAGUAACCACAAGCACCUACUUGGGACUUUUGCUCCAGCCAAACCCAUGUUCAACUACAAGAAAAAAACAGUUAAAUCCUUAACUAAGAGAAACACAUAAAAGCACACAUAUGGAUAACACAAAUGAGUCUAAAUAAGAAGCUGCACAAAUACAUAAACCUCGGCAUUCAUACAUGAAUACAUACAGGCACACACAUAUGAACACAAAUUAUGCUCGUUACUGAGCUUUUUUAGACCAUAAUUUGCCUCACAAUAUGUUGCUUGGACCAAUUCUGUCACUGCUGUUCAAAACUCAAGUUUCAGCAGAGAAAAAAGUUUACAGAUCCAGCCCUUUUUUAUGAGCUUUAAAAAAAAAAGCUCAGUAUUGGGUGGGAUUAUAGCUGAAGAAGAGCAUGGGGUAAUGGCUGUGCCCUACACAUAUUUGCUAAAUAAUAAGAAAUUCCAAAACUUGACUACUCAAAAGCACUGUAAAUUUGUUAAUGAAAUCUAAGAUGUAUACACACAAUAGCUCUAACCCUUUAAGGGUACAGUCCAGGGAGAUAAAAAAUAACAGACUUCAGAUGAUGAUUU